UAAUCUCUACGCUUCUCUCUCUGCAAUUACUCCUUGAGAGCUUCUCUCUCUAGAACAUUGAGUAUUGCUGACUUGAGCGUUAGAGUGUUUUCCCCGAGGAAACAACCUCGGGAUUUUCAGGUGUGGAAGCAGCUAAGGACUUCAACAGUGUUGGAUUGUGAAGCUGCCGAAACAUUGGCGCCGUCUGUGGGAAAUCCGAACAAGAAGUUGUGUGACUUAACCUGCUGAAAGACAAAAUGGUCCGUACCUUUACAGGAGGCCGUCCUCCAAGAAAUGAAAUGGACGAACAGGAGGACGCUCACGUAUCUGAGCCCGGCCUGAAUGACUUUAGACCAAUGCCAAGAAACCUUUUUGUAGGGGGAGCCGAACAGGACCACCUAAGUGAGACAGAUGAUGAAAGAACACCGACUGGGUAUGCAACCCAGCCUGAACAGUUCCAAGCUCCAACAGGAACAAGACAAAGAUCUGCCAGACCGUACAAUUCACAACGUGAACGACCUGAAAGGUCAACAGAACCUGCUCGGACGACCGAGCUCGGAGAGAGAACUAGAGUUCUCGAAAUGGCAAUGGGUAAAAUCCUUGCCCGUUUAAUUCCUGAUGACCCCUUGAUUCCCUUGCUGAACAGAGAUGCGCAACCAGCUGCGGUUGUUGCUACUCGAAACUCCCCUGCUCUAAGUAACAUCGUGGUGCCGACCAGGCCAAGAGGAAGUGGGAAGUUGAACAACGAGCCUAGCUCGUCCAAACACAGUGAAGAACUAUUGAGGAAGAAUGCAGACCUCGAAAGGCAACUAAGGGAUGUACAGAAAUCCAUAGACGAGCUGAAAAGUCCCAGGUCACACCAGCAGACCCUUGAUUUGGAUAGCGCUCGUCUAAACCUAUCCAUCACAGCAGAACCGUAUCAAGAGAGAUUCAAAAUUCCCCACCUGGAGACAUAUGAUGGCACGGGUGACCCUGAUGAACAUCUGCACACCUAUCAAGCCAUCAUGAGAAUCCAAAAUGCUAAUGAUGCCAUGAUGUGCAAAGUGUUCCCAGCAACACUACAAUCAACAGCCAAGAGAUGGUAUCACAAACUCCCCAGACAUUCAAUAGAUUCAUUUUCCCAGCUCGCCAAGUUGUUUUCUAACAAAUUUGCGAGCCAGAGGGAGAUCAAGCGUACAGCAACCGAGCUGAUGCAAGUUAACCAGAAGGAAGGGGAGUCUUUGAGGGAUUACAUGCAGUGGUUCAACAAAGCCACCUUGGACAUUGAUAAUGUACCGGACACGAUUUGCCUGUCCGCCCUGUUGCAUGAGUUGAAGCGUGGCCGAUUCCUAGACGACCUGCUUGAAAACCCACCGAAGACGUGGAACGAGGUGAAUGACAGGUCGGCCAGCUUCAUACUGUCAGAGGACUUUCAGUCGUCCAAGCGACGAGCUGAUGAUAAGCCGAGCAAAGGCCAGGAACAACAACCGAGAAGAGAAGAGAAGAAGAAACAGAAGGUCGGUGAGCAAUGGGGGAAACCAAUUGAGUUCCCGAAAUAUGCCAGUUACAUUCCUUUGACCUUACCUAGGUCUCAAAUCCUGGCACAAAUUCAGCACUGGGUUAGGAGACCUCCACCCCCACUACAUGAUUCUCCGAGGGCAGACAAGAGCAAGCAUUGUGACUAUCACCGUGUAUAUGGUCACAAUACAGAGGAUUGCCAACACUUGAAGGACGAGUUAGAAUUUUUGGCUCGUAACGGGAGGCUAGAAGGGUACGUUCAGAAGCCUCACGCCCAGCAACCCACUCAAACCCAUUUUGUACAGGCGUAUGAUCGACCUCAAGGGCUGAGGUACCAGCACGGUGGGACGCAGGAUGCAUAUCGGGAUAACCAGUAUCCUUCUGAACAGGGCAGAGCAUAUCGAGGACGUCCCUUCAACCGGAGAGGACAGGGACCAAGAACUACCGCCCCGAAUCAAAAAGACAGAAAAGGGGUAGGUUAUGCUGGGAUACCCCCACCUUCUGGUACCAUAAACAUGAUAUCGGGUGGUGUUCACUCAGGGGGCCAAAGUGCCCGAGCUCGCAAGGCAUAUGCUCGACAGGUGAUGACGGUCAACAAAAACAGACCCCUAAAGUGGCCGUUUGAAGAAGUAGAAUGGGAAAAUGCACCUAUCACCUUCAGCCCGGCAGAUUACCAGCGAGCAGAGGGAGAGCCUGACAUUAUGAUGCCCCAUGCAGAUCCCUUUGUGGCAACGGUUCAUAUAGGCAAUCAUAAUGUAAAUAAAGUGUUCAUUGACACUGGCAGUUCACCAGAUAUCCUAUAUUGGAGUUGCUUCCAAAAGAUGCAGCUAAAUCCGAGCUUGCUGCAGAAGCACGAAGGCUCGAUAUAUGGAUUUGAUAACCAGCCCGUCCCAGUUGAGGGAAUUAUUACCCUUCCUAUAUAUGUGGGCUCAGAACCGCACUUCAGAAUGGCUUCUGUCACCUUCAUGGUUGUUAAGAUGGAAUCAGCUUUCAAUGCUAUAUUAGGAAGAGCCACCCUGUGCGAGCUGAAAGCUGUUAUCUCACAGCCCCAUCUCUGUAUGAAAUUCCCAACUCCUCAGGGGGACGUAUUUGCGUGGACUACGUACGAAAUGCCCGACAUUCUGGCAAAAUUGACAGUCCACAAGCUCAGCACAGACCCUACCAGGAGACCGGUGGUACAAAAACGCCGCCUUUUUGGCCCCGAGAAGCAAGCUGCCAUUGACGAGGAGAUACAAAAGUUGUUACAGGCCGGCUUCAUCAAAAGAGUGGAGUACUCCGAAUGGGUGUCCAACCUUGUGCUCGUCAAAAAGCCAAAUGGAAAGUGGAGGAUGUGCAUUGAUUUUACCAACCUCAAUGACGCGUGUCCAAAAGACCCUCAUCCGUUGCCAAACGUUGAGAAGUUGGUAGAACGGGCAGCUGGGCAUGAACGGAUGAGUUUUCUAGACGCCAGCUCGGGUUACCACCAGGUCCAACUGUUGUUAGACGACCAGGAAAAAAUGGCUUUUUACGCUGGUGACGCAAUAUACUGCUGUGUCAUGAUGUCUUUUGGCUUAAAAAAUGCUGGAGCAACAUACCAGAAGCUGGUGCAAAUCAUCUUUAAGCUCCAGAUCUGCAGGAACAUAGAAGUGUACGUAGAUGAUAUGAUAGUCACCAGCGUGCGAGCUGAGGAUCACAUUGACGACUUGGACGAAACAUUUCAAAAUUUGCGUCGAGCUCAAAUGAAACUGAACCCCUUGAAAUGCACGUUUGCUGUGGAAUCAGGGAAAUUCCUAGGGUACGUGGUAUCCAAGAAAGGAAUCAAAAUAAACCCAGAGAAGAUUGAGGCUGUUCAGCAGAUGGAGCCGCCAAGGACUGUCAAAGACGUGCAGCGUUUGACGGGCCGUGUUGCUGCGCUGCACAGGUUUAUAGCGAGGUCGGCAGAAAGAUGCCUCCCGUUCUUUAAGGCCCUGAGAGAGCCCAAGAACUUUCAAUGGACCGAUGCGUCAGAGGCGGUUAGCUCGGUCUUACUCAGGGAAGAGAAUAAGAAUCAGAAGCCUAUCUGUUAUGUGAGCAAAGUCUUACAAGGCGCCGAGCAGAAUUACCCUGUAGCAGAAAAGGCCGCUUUUGCCUUAGUUUACACAGCUCGUAAGUUGAGAGUUUACUUCCAAUCACAUCAAAUUAUUGUCUAUACUGAUUUGCCGUUGAGAAAAAUACUACAGAAACCUGAGCUCUCUGGUCGGCUUAUCGGAUGGAGUGUCGAGCUGAGUGAAUAUGACUUGAAGUUUAAGCCGCGCACAACCAUAAAAGGCCAGGCCAUUGCAGACUUUCUGGUAGAAUGCAUCUCGGCGACGGACGGAGACAAGGCGCUUGAUUACCCAGCCUGGGUUUUGUAUGUUGAUGGAGCUGCUAACGUUGAAGGGUCGGGUGCUGGGGCUGUGUUGAUAGGCCCAGAUGGCUUUAAAUAUGAGCAUGCAUUGCGGUUUAAGUUCCAGACCACUAAUAAUGCUGCUGAGUAUGAAGCCCUCAUCUAUGUGGAUUACUUCACUAAGUGGAUAGAGGCUAAACCGCUGUCCACGACAACAGAAAGGAAAAUAGAAGAAUUCUUAUUCAAUUCAAUAUUGUGCAGGUUUAGCAUACCUAAGCGAAUUAUCGCCGACAAUGGGCCACAGUUACGGGCAGCAGCACUGAGAUCGUUCUGUAACGACUAUGGCAUUGAGCUCGCCUUGACGUCUGUGUAUACUCCACAGUCCAACGGGCAAGCCGAGUCCGCCAAUAAAAUCGUCUUGCGAGGCCUUAAGACACGUGUUUUGGCCGCGCAUUCUAAUUGGGUUGACGAGCUCAAAAAGGUGCUUUGGUCUUGUCGCACCACACCCAGCUCGGCCACGGGCGAAACCCCUUUCAGCCUAGCCUAUGGAGCUGAAGCCGUCAUCCCAGUGGAGGGUCGGACUGCCAUCCGAUAGAUCAGAUCGUCACGACGAUCAGAAUAAUGAACAACUCUUAAGAGAGAACCUAGACUUUGUGGAAGAAAUCAGAGAGAUGUCCCGAAUAAAAAAUAUGGCACAUC